AUGCAUGCUCCAAGUACUUCCUACAAGUUGGCUCGGCUCACCGAUGGGGAAGACCCACUGCGUGCUGUCCCAGACAGUCUGAAGCUGUUCCCGUACAGCUUUGCCAGCAAUCUCCCGACGGUCUCGCGAGAGGUUCCGGCGGGCGCUACGAAAUACCCCGCGACCACCGUCGUGCAGCCUCUUCUUCGAGCAUACUAUGGGGGCUGUCGGGUGCGGGAGGUGAACACGGCAUUUUCGUCGAGGACUCGUGCGAGUUGUCGACGCACUGACGGACUGAUGGUGCACUCCCCGGACGAUAUCCCGCUGUGUAGUAGAGGCGAUGUGUGCGUCCACAACUACUUCAAUUCGCUAUGGGAUUGGCUGAACUACGUCGCGGAAGACCAACCCGAUCGCGCCGGCAUGGUGGUCAACACGUUCCGCAACCGCUACGCUGACAGGGUUGCUAUCAGUGUUUUGCCCGGGAUGGUUGUGACAACCGUUGUCAUGCAGAUUCUCCUGAUGGUGGUCUAUCUCGCCCAAAUUACUUACUACCUUGUGUACAACUCCGACUUGUAUUUACUCGGACUGGGCACGGGCACGUUGACGACGGAAUCCGUCGUGAACCUCACUAGCUGCUUUUUCGCCUUCUCGUACUCGUUCGUCAAUCUGGUCAAGGCGCGCUCUGGCGACCAGCAACUGGAUCGGCGCUUUCGCCUGACAUGGGAGGCGAUGCAACCUGUCAUCAUCGCCGGUGUAGGGGCAAUGUUGAGGUCCUUGCAGCGCGAGCCUCUUCAGCUUAUCCUCUCCCAGAACGCGGAGAUGUUGCGCAAGUACUCCACUCGUGGAGCCAAAUACUGCGGGCUACAGGAUUCCUGCAUCAUUUUCAAAAAGAAGAGCGUUGAAGAUGAGGACGAGAAUCAUGUCGUCGUUCCAGCUAACGUGGUCAUCCCGUCGCUCUCUAGCGUCUCGGCACUCACUGAUAUGGCCGCUAGGACGAAGACUCACCAGAGUCGAAGCGAUCGAGCCAGCCUUCGCGAAGCAAGGUCCAUCACUAUUGAGCGCCAGUUUAACCUCCUUCGAGAGGAACUGCAUCGGGGGGACUUUUGA